AUGUCUUCUUCGUCUGACUCCCACCACGGCAGCCGCCGAGGCGGUCCCACCGGAACCUUCUUCAAUCACUCGAGUGCCGCGCGCGUUUCAACCGACGCCGUCCUUGCCAAAUCCAUCCGAGAGGCAUACCCGCAACUCGAACUGAUCAUUGUACCCGCGCAAACAACGAAUCUCUUUACCUACGCCCAGGCCGGCCAUGCGAAGCUGACCCCGAUCGAAGACGAAGCCAACGAGUCGCUGCCGUCAUCGCUGAGCUGGGAGAUAUACGCCGCGCCCGGGAAGCGCAUCGAUGGCUCCCGGGGAGGCUUGGUCCAGCGACCCCUGUUUGGCAAGUACGCGUACAGCUGGCAGGAUACCGAGUUUAUCGUCUACUACGCCGACGGCAGAGAUGGCCAGGCGGCGUACCCUACCACCAAUAACUUCUACCUCCUCACAUCGCCGGCCAACCGGGGCAAGGCAGAGAGCUUGUUGGUUGCGGCCGGCUUUUGGAGCCAGGAGCUGCACGAUGAAGUCCUGGUCUUUGACGGCGGGUUCUGGACCAAGUCGCGGGACCUGUACAAGAGUAUACAGAAGGCGUCAUGGGACAACGUCAUCUUGGAUCCCGAUAUGAAGCAGGCUUUGAUUGACGACCACAUGUCUUUCUUCAAAUCUCGUGACCAAUACCAGAAACUUAAGGUCCCUUGGAAAAGGGGUAUUAUCUACUAUGGCCCACCAGGGAACGGCAAGACUGUCAGCAUCAAGGCGACCAUGAACAUGUUGUCCAAGCUGAAGGACCCCGUGCCAACACUCUACGUCAGGAGCCUGGUAAGCUGGGCGGGCCCCGAGGCAGCUCUGUCCAUGAUAUUCUCUGGGGCGAGAGCGAUGGCACCAUGCUAUCUCGUCUUUGAGGAUCUCGACAGCAUUGUUUCUGACUCUGUUCGCUCGUACUUUUUGAACGAAGUGGACGGACUCAAGAGCAACGACGGCAUCUUUAUGAUUGGCAGCACCAAUCACCUAGAGAGGCUUGACCCCGGUAUCUCCAAGCGGCCAUCUAGGUUCGACCGCAAGUACCUGUUCCCCAACCCCAGCAGAGAUCAGCGCGUAGCAUACUGCCGUUUCUGGCAGGGGAAGCUGGCCGACAACAAGGACAUUGAGUUUCCGGACAGUCUCUGCGGGGCGGUGGCGGACAAGACUGACAAGUUCAGUUUCGCGUACAUACAAGAGGCGUUUGUGGCAUCGCUCCUGGCUAUUGCGCGCACAUCAAAGCAGGCGGACGAUGAUGACUGGGUCAGCGUAGCGACCCCUGGCACCGAAGACAGCGAUUAUGAGAGUGAUGACAGCAACGAUGACGACGAUGAUGAUCUAAAGAAGUUGGUCCUCUACAAGGAGAUGAUGAAGCAGAUCAAGAUUCUCAGAGACAGCAUUGACAGCAGCGAUGACUAG